UACGCACACUCGCAUAUACUUUCUCAUACACACAGCAAGCGAAUUAAAACAAAUCAUACAUCUUUUUUUUUUUGGUGUCACAAAUUGACAAUUCGCUAUCAACACGACAACAACAACAAGUGUGCGCCUUAACUUGAACCCACCUCUGGCCAAGCAAAAAUACAAAACAUAAACAAAACAAGCAACAAGCAAAGAAAAACGCAAACGCAAAACAUAAAAUUCGACAACCCGCAGCAAAAGCGAAAAGAAAAGUGAAAAUAUGGUGAGAGUUUUCAGCUUGAGCGUUUUCUUCAAAGGUGCGACCGAAGCACGCCUGUUGAAGACCACCUCGGAUCUGCAGUCCUUUCCCUUUUUCCAACGUGGCACUGUCAACGAGUUUAUGACUUUCGCUUCAAGGACAAUUGUGGAACGCACGCAGCCGGCGCUGAGGCAAUCAGUGAAACAGGAUGCUUACAUGUGCCACGUUUAUGUGCGGGCCGAUAAUUUGGCCGGUGUCCUGAUCGCCGAUCAUGAAUAUCCUCAGCGUGUUGCGCACACCUUGAUCACCAAGAUCCUUGAUGAUUUCACAGCGAAAGUGCCGGCAGGAUUGUGGCCAAAUGGUUCGGAGGCACAAAUUCCGUUCGAUGCGUUGCCAGCGUUUUUGACACGCUAUCAGGAUCCCAAGGAGGCGGAUCCGCUACUGAAAAUGCAAACGGAUUUGGAUGAGACGAAAAUCAUCCUGAAGAAUACAAUUGAAGCGGUGCUAAAACGUGGCGAGAAUUUGGAGGAUAUGGUCUAUAAAUCGGAACAAUUGUCCAUGCAGAGCAAGGCGUUCUAUAAGACAGCGAAAAAGACGAAUUCAUGUUGCAGCUUCUCUUAAGUUAACACAUUUAGUAGAACAAGAAGAUGAUGAUGAUGAUGAUGAAGAAGUAGAUGAAGAACAGUUAAACACCAUAAACAACACCAACUUACAAAACAAAGAAAAAGA